UCAGUCGCUUUAAUUCGCUCUAUACCGUCCUUAACCAGUAACUCAGCGAGUCGUCCUAGAAUCUCGUACAACGUUUGUGAGUGUCUUUAUUAUCUUUUAUUUUGUUUUUACGUUUUUCCAAUUUCUUUGCGUAUAAUUGUAGUAACUUAUAAUUUGUAACUUUAUUUUAGCAACUGCUUCAAUUUUUCUCUUCGCUUCGAUUCUUUGGUUUGUUUCGUUUUGUUUAGAAGUAUACAUAUUGAAGAGCGUGUUUUGGACACGUAGGGGUAUUUUCGGCCAUUGUACACAGUCUGCUCGUUUUAUUUUGAUCUGUAGUAAAAGCCAUAAAAUUUCAAAUGAUAUCAUUUUCACUUUUAGAAGUGAGCAGGCUAAUACGAUUAUAGGCAUUUGUUUUAACUAACUUUCUCUAAGUACAUAGAAGAAAAUAAAUCGCAAAAGGACUGGGGCCAAAACAGUUUAUGUCACACUUGCGAAAGGUUUGUUGUCACCUUUGAAGGAUGAUGCAAGACUUGCUUCACCCACACCAAGAGCAGAAAUUGCAAACGUUAUCAUAAAAAAUACUUGAUUUUGAGAAAGUCAGGUUACUAGGGCACCCACUAAUAUCACCAAUAUUGCUGAUGGGUUCACCUUGGCUAAAGAUGUAAUCAUUAUUAUAUUAUUAUUAUCAAGGUGUGGAUGCGAUAACUGAGAAAGGGAUACAGCCUGUGGCAAACUCUCAAAUAAAGAGAGACAUUGGCGUUAUUCGAGUGAAAUUCCAGCAAAACGUGAUAUACCAGACCGGUGUCUUAAUCGAUCGUGACAGUCUCCUGACCGGGUGGUAGUCGGUCGUUGAAGACGUAUACUUCUCUGUGCGUUUUUGCUCGUCG